CCAACACAAUGGCCACGUGGUAUAAUGACGUAACGUGCAGUCAUUGGGCGACAGACAGCCGGAAAAGAAACAUCUGAAAGACAUGGCAGACGAGGUCCUUUUCGACUUUCUCCACAUGGAAAUGGUGAGCCAUGUUUACAAGGAGCAGCGCUCCAGUAAAGGAGAGCUUGAUAGCAAGGACCGAGCUGUAUGUGUCUCCAUCCUGGAAGGCAUGGGAUUCAGAGUUGGACAGGGACUCAUUGAAAGGAUGACCAGGGACUCCCCCAGCUUUAAGGACGAGUUGGACAUGAUGAAGUUCAUCUGUAAAGACUUUUGGACGCAGGUCUUCAGGAAGCAGAUUGACAACCUCCGAACCAACCACCAGGGGACCUAUGUGCUCCAGGACAACAAGUUUGUUCUGUUGACUCAACUCUCAAGUGGCAAACAGUAUCUGGAAGAGGCCCCCAAGUACCUGGCGUAUUCAUGCGGUUUGGUGAGGGGAGCGCUCUCCAACCUGGGUCUAGAGAGCGUGGUGACCGCCGAAGUCUCUCUGAUGCCUUCCUGUAAGUUCCAAGUGGUUAUCCAAAAGUUAUGACCAGAGUCCCGUGUUGCCCUCUGGAGAAAUAAACCACACGCAUCGAGAGCUCUGGCACCAUUCUGAAAACAACUAAAAAGACAUUGGGGUUUUUGUCCACUGGUCAAGAAGUUGACAAAUUUCAAGUUAGGGCCCUGAAAGAACAAGCCAUCUCCAGCCGGCUUAGCUAAACACUCUACAGAGCCUAAUGGACUCAGUGCUUAUGGCCGGUCUGACUUGGCAGUGAGGCAGACGUGUUCUACGUGGACAUGUGAAGUGAUUCUCCCCUCGUCAGCGGGACCCCCUGGAUGGGUCGUCUUUGGGCGGGGCCGAGGUGCUCAGCAAUGUGAAUGUCAACCUCGGUCGCUACUUUUCUGGUUUUCUUGUUUUACACUGUUUACCCAAGAGGAUUCUUUACUUAGUGUGUAAAACAGAGGUUUGUUGUGCGUCUGUAGCUGUGGUUAGUCCUUUAGAGAGUGUGGGUGUAUAGGUUCAGUGUUGGUGCUGGGACUUGUUACCGGUCUGGAGCCCGGUCUGAUGGGAACAAGUCCCUUCCUUCCCAUCAUGUCAUAGUUGAAAUAAUACAAUAUUGAUAUGACUCUAUUAUUAGGGUAUUUUUUUAAUAUAAUAUUAUUAAAACUAAGACACUGGCAAAAAAAACUUAGAAACAACGUGGGGCUUUUUUGCUGUCCCUCUGUGGGGUUUGCCUUGUGGAGUUUAUGUAAUGCAAGGUUGGAGUCUAGAAUACAAAUGAUUAAAAAUAUAAAACCUGAGUAAGAAUCUUUCCUCCAAAGGUAUCAACAAACACACUCACGCACUCACAGAUGAAGAGUAAGGAGCUUUCUAGGGAUUAUUUUUGUGCAUAGAUGUGAAUUCAUUGUCAUUUGUAAUAAAAUGUAAAUGGUCAGGAAAGAUUUUUCAGGAAUUCGAUUUUCGAUUCGAACAGUUACAUGCAACAUCUGUAUAGUAAUGUAUCAACGAUCAAAGGUUGUCCAUGAAAGGUGUAAUUAUAACCUAUACCACUAGAGGGAAACAUUUGUCUUUUAGAGUUAUUUGCUUGUUUAUUCGUGUUUUUCUAAAACCAUCCAUGUUUAAACAUUCCUUUGUUUUUUAUCUCGUUCAUUCUCCAAGAGACGGAAAUUAAAACUUAUUUCACGCAGUCAA